UCCGGCCUGGGCAAGCACGUGGGGGAGCGGCCGCGGCGCAGCGGGCAGGGCGGCUGGGCCCGGGGUGGGGGGGGGGCGGCGGCGGCGGCGGCGGGCGAGGACGCUGCAUCCCGACUGUCGCCGAGCACCUGGUAUAAUUUCUUCAGGCAUCCAGGAUGGCCAUCCAGUUCCGUUCACUUUUCCCCUUGGCAUUGCCUGGAAUGCUGGCAGUCCUUGGCUGGUGGUGGUUUUUUUCUCGUAAAAAGCAUGUUAGCAGUCAGGACAGACAGGUGGAGGCCAGCACUGUGGAGCUGAGGGCUAGCCAUGCCAUCAAAGAGCCACUCUCCAUGGAGGAUCCCUGUCCUGCAGUAGUAGCAACGUCCCCCAGCAUCAUACUGUCUGCAGAAGAGGAGCCAUCUACUGUGAGCAAGCUUCCCAUGGAGCCCCCAGCCAUGCUGCGGCCACAUUUAACCUGUCGCAGGUCAGAGUCCUCAGGCAGCCUUCCUAACACCACAGACCCAAGAUUUCGACCAGGAACACUCAGGGAUGACAGCGCAAAGGUGGAACUAGCCCUGACGGGUGAUGAAGCCAGGUCCAUCCCUCUGGAGUGUCCCCUUCCAACCCCAAAGGGUGUUCCUUUCCCCCAUGAAGCGGCUGAGGUGUGCAAGCGAGAGUCCCCAUUCAAUGGGACAGGAGGACUGAGCUGGCAGGGCCAAGCUGCAGCCCUCCAAGAGAAGCCAAGAGAAACAAAUGGAGCUGAAGGCACUGGUGAUGCAGUGUUAGGAGAAAACGUGCUGGAAGAGGGUGUGUUGUUCCAGGAGCAUGACUCUGAAUCGGAGAUCAGCAAGGCGCCUAGCCCAGCUUCCUUGGGAGGAGCAGGGGAGAAGGGGAAGGGCAGCUGGCCACAGGUGGAGGAGGAUGCAGCGGGGAAGCUGCUGAGCAACCUCAUCGAAUCGGCUCACACAGAGCUGAUGGAGGAUGAUGAGCUGCUGGCACCUCGGGUCAGCAGCAGAGCCUGUGAUGCAGACAGCAUGGGAGAGCUGGGCAAAGAGGAGGCUGUGGAGCAAGAUGAGAAGAUUGAGCAGGCUGCUUACCAGAUCAUCUCUAGAGUGAUCUUGGAGGCAACUGAAGAGGUGCUGGCCACCACCAUGGGCAGGAUUGCAGGUCGGGUGCAUCAGGCUUCAGCUGGUCAAUUGCAAGGGCAGAAGGAGGAGAGCUGUGUGCCAGUCUGCCAGAAAACUUCCCUGGGGCAAGAUGCUGCUGAGCCCACUCCAGCCACUGUGGAGGUAGUGGAGGUGGUGAAGGUGGCGGAGACAGUGACGGAGGCAGUGGCAGAGGUGGUGGCGAUCUCUGGCCAGUCAGACCCUGCCCUCCCCUUGCCAGACCUGCCCACAGAGGACCUGCCAUCACCAAAGACCUACAUGAGCUGCCUGAGCAGCCCUCUGUCCAGCCCCACUAAGGAUAGAAAGCCAAAGAACUCUGCACACCACAUCUCCCUGGCCCCCAGCCCGUCGCCAGCUCUGCCUCAGGGAGAGUCUCCAGAUGAAGCAAGUGUCCUGGUGAGAAGUGCUGGAUGCAUCACCUGUACUAAUGACAACAGCCAGGAUGUCCCUUCAGUGGCCUCUGAGCAGUGCUCAGAUUCCGUCAGCACUUCGGGGCUUGAAGACUUGUGUACAGACACCAACUCAAGCCCCAGGGGCCAGACCAUUUCCCCACCGCUGCCAGAAAGUACUGUGCCCUUCAGCAAUGGGGUACUGAAGGGGGAGCUAUCAGACUUGGGGAAUGAGGAUGGAUGGACCGUGGAAGCAGAAGCAGAUCAUUCGGGAGGCUCGGACGGGAACAGCAUGGAUUCAGUGGAUGGCUGCUGUGGCCCCAGGAAGACUGACAGUUUCCAGAAUGCCCAAGCAGCCUCUAGUCCUAAGAAGGUCGACCUCAUCAUCUGGGAGAUUGAGGUGCCAAAGCACUUAGUUGGUCGGCUAAUUGGCAAGCAGGGGCGGUAUGUGAGCUUUCUGAAGCAAACGUCUGGUGCCAAGAUCUACAUCUCCACCCUGCCUUACACCCAGAACAUCCAGAUCUGCCACAUAGAAGGCUCUCAGCAUCAUGUAGACAAGGCGCUGAACUUGAUUGGAAAGAAGUUCAAGGAGCUGAACCUCACCAAUAUCUACGCUCCCCCACUGCCAUCACUGGCACUGCCUUCUCUUCCAAUGACUUCCUGGCUCAUGCUCCCUGAUGGCAUCACUGUGGAGGUGAUUGUGGUCAACCAGGUCAACGCUGGGCACUUGUUCGUGCAGCAGCACACGCAUCCCACUUUCCAUGCACUGCGUAGCCUGGAUCAGCAGAUGUACCUGUGCUACUCUCAGCCAGGAAUCCCCACCUUGCCCACCCCAGUGGAAAUAACGGUCAUCUGCGCUGCCCCCGGUGUGGACGGUGCCUGGUGGCGAGCCCAAGUGGUGGCCUCCUAUGAGGAGAGCAAUGAAGUGGAGAUACGCUAUGUGGACUACGGUGGAUAUAAGAGAGUGAAAGUGGACGUGCUCCGGCAGAUCCGAUCUGAUUUUGUGACUCUGCCAUUCCAGGGAGCAGAGGUCCUUCUGGACAGUGUGAUGCCCUUGUCAGAUGAUGACCACUUUUCACCUGAAGCGGAUGCAGCCAUGAGCGAGAUGACAGGAAACACAGCGCUGCUGGCUCAGGUGACAAGUUAUAGUCCUACUGGCCUUCCUCUAAUUCAGCUAUGGAGUGUGGUUGGAAAUGAAGCGGUGUUGAUAAACCGGUCGCUGGUGGAGCGAGGACUUGCUCAGUGGGUAGACAGCUACUACGCGAGCCUCUGACCCCCGUCCCCCACAGCCGCUUCUGGAGUCUUUUUGCACUGUUGAAAUUGGGCUUGGCGCUGAGGCAAAGACGUUACAUCAGAAUAACAAGCGUUAUCUUCCCCAGAAAGUCCUCUUUUUUUUCUUUUUUUUUCCUGCUGUAGUCAUGUUGAGAAGUCUCCUCUCUGAGACAAGGAGGGAACCAUGGGUUCUUUCAAAGCCAUAGGACGGUGUUUAACAAGCCAGUCGAUUUAGCCUGGUUCCAAGCCUUUAAAAAAAAAAAAAAAGUGAAAGUAAAACUGUCUCAACCAGGUUGUCCUUUACCACCCCUUCACCCCCAUUCCCUUCUUUCUUCCCACCUCCUCCCCUCACUCAGAACCAAACCAACUGUAGCAGACAGGCCAAGAGAUGUGUUGCCUGAGAGGGUUUCUUUUACUUUAAAAUCUUUCUUCAGGGAGCAAGACAUGAAAUCACUAAUUGGUAUUGAUUACUUGUACAGCUUACGUAAAUGAAUUUAUGAUGUUUAACCAGUUUUUAUAAACUUCAUCUAGGUCUCUAGAAGGCAGACUUUUUAAUGCAUCUGUAAAUAAUGAAGCAGUCAUACCUCCGGCCUUGGUCUGUGGGGGAGGGGAACUGUUAUCUUGCUAAGCCUGGUUGUAAUUUGUAACCAUUUUCUAUUUGUGCAAACUCUGUAAAUAUAUGUUUAAAAAAUGUAAUAUUUUGUAUAAGAUACACUGGAGAACAAAGGGAACUCAAGAUUUUUCCACACCCCACAUCUUCUGUAAGCAGAUGUUACUUCUGCAGAGCACAGCUGCCCCUGCCAGCUCCUCCUGUGGCUUUCUGAAUACUGGACAGGGUGACUAUAAGGUAUAGAUUGUGAGCGGGGAUUUUUUUUUUUUCCUGUACAAAUUUGUUAAAAAAAAAAAUCAACUUAUUUGAAUUACCUUACAGUGGUGUGUUUGAUUCUUUUUUUAAGACUGGCUUCAGCUUUGUGCCACAUAAGAAAGUAACUUAAACUUCUAUAAAUCUUGAACUGUAUACACUGUAGCUUUGAGUCCAUUUCUUCCAGGGUGAGAGGGUUGGAAUGGGGAGUGAGGAGGUGGUUGAGUGUGGUGGGCUGGAGGAGCCCAUGGAAAGGAGCCCUGAGGGGGCCAGAGGGAUCCAUGUAAAGGAUCCCUGGGGCUCUUGGAAGAUCAGCCAGACAUUUCCACCCAGCUUUUUCUUCUCCUUGCCCCACAAGGUGGCAGCCAAGCUUCCUCUGGCUUCCCCUCGUGAGUGUCUCAGAUAGCCAGGCCUGAAUUUAAAUGAGCACUGGUUUCUACAUUUCUUUUCUACAUUCUCAAUAGAACUUUGAAUUAAUGUCAUCUAUUGCAGUAGUAGGAAGAGUAUACACCUACAUGAGGAGCAGAAUGAAAUUUUUUUUUUAAGAUCUAUUUAUUUUAGAGCAUGUGUGCCUAGGAGGGAGGGGCAGAGGAAGAGGGAGAGAGAAAAUCUUAAGCAAACUCCCUGCUGAGCACGGAGCCCGUGGGGCUCGAUCUCACCACCCUGAGAUUAUGACCUGAGCGGAAAUCAAGAGGCUGACACUUGACCCACUGAGCCACCCAGGUGCUCCAGAAUGAAGUUUUGAUUUAAUGGCCGCUCCUCUUAAGGGCAAAGGUAGGCUCUGGCCCUUGGACCUCUAUGUCUCAGAGCUUUCCCACCCUCCAGGGUUUCUGGAGAGUGGAGGCUGCCCAAGGGUCCUUCACACUGAAGGAAUCCUCCCACAGAUCUGCAGCCACUCCCCCUGGCUGUGGGUAACAAGUGGUUAAGAGCUUGGGACUAGCUCAUGGGACUAACCUCAAGGCAAUGAAGUAAAAUCACGGGAGUGUCCCCUGCUUGUAUGGAGCUUGGCCUAAGGUGAGCUCUCAUGUAUUUGUAGUUGCAGGUCAUCUUUAAUCCCAGCAUUAUUUGGGUAUGAUGUGGGCCAGCUCGGGUUACAACCAGUCUCAGCUUUUUCUGUAUAAUUCUGCAUCACUGGAGCAGACUGGGUAUGUAGGAGCCUGUAAGCUAGUUUGGUGGCUGGUGGGGGACAGGGUGGUGGACAAGCAGAGACCAAGCCAAGUUGAUCCAGACAAGACAAGGGCUUCCAAUGAGAUAGUCCCUAGGAUGACAAGUGAUGGGUCAGGAUCCUUUGGACAAGCCUCCCAGGACUGGGAGAUGGGGCAAUGGGGAUGAGGAGGUGGACUACUCACGGCUUAUAGUCUUAGCCUUCAGGGAUGGGUCCAUUUAAGGAGGUUUUGGCAUAUGGGAGGAAAGGUUGAGUUUGGAGGUUCGUGAAGGGCAUGCACUCUUUGAAUUCACCCUUCUCAGAUUACAGAGUUUGGAAAAAGUUGAUUUUGACCAUUUUGCUAAUAAUCUUGUUGCUCUUACAGAGGAGUGGAUUUAUAGAGGUCCUCCCUCCCCUGUUCUGGAUGCUGGCCCUUUGAGCCAGUAUAUUUUAGAUAUGUCCUCUGAGUUAACAUCCGGGGGACAGCUUAAGUAUGACUUUGAAAACUCCUGGUGCUAGAGGGAGACUUGGUGACCUGCCCUGGGGUAUGGGGGAGACAGGUGGCAUGCUGGGUGCAGGAGGCUAGAGCUUCCAACUUGUUCUCCCUGUGGGUGUUUUUUCUGCUUUUCUUUCUUUCUUUCUUUCUUUCUUUCUUUCUUUCUUUCUUUCUUUCUUUCUUUCCUUCCUUCCUUCCUUCCUUCCUUCCUUCCUUCCUUCCUUCCUUCCUUCCUUCCUUCCUUCCUUCCUUCCUUCCUUCCUUCCUUCUUUCUUCUUUUUUUUUGUAGGUGUUUAUUUCAACUGCUUCCCCCACUCCCACCCUCCUCCUGUCCUGAGGCCCUGCAGAGGGGGUGGCUGAUCCCAGUGGGGUGUUAGCAUGGAGGCUGGAGCCUGGGUUCCUGCUACACCUUGUGCAGCCCCAAGCAUGCCGCUUAACCAUCACAGGUUUAAGAUAAAUCAAGAUGAGUGGCUGGAGUGAUGGAGAGUUUACUGUGUCAAAUAGUGUGCUGUUUUGCAGGGAAUACUUGUUCUUCAUGAUGCCCCAGUGAGGCAGAGACUGAUCCUGGAAAUAGAUGGUGACUUCAUUUAUGGUUUUUUUUUUUUUUUAAUAUUUUAUAUAUUUGACAGAGCAUAGGCAGGGGGAGUGGUAGGCUAAGGGAGAGGGAGAAACAGGCUCCUUGCUGAGCAGAGAGCUCCCUGGGUUCAUGACCUGAACCCAAGGCAGACACUUAACCCACUGAGCCACUCCGGUGCCCCAGAUGGUGACUUUAGAAAGUGGUUUGUAGUUGGACACUCAAAGCCAGGCUGUUGCCCCAAGGCAGGUCCCAACCAAGGCUCCUCUGAAGCAACGUGAGAAUUGAUUAUGCUUUGUUCCACACCCCCAGGUAAAAACGCUACAGUCAUUAAAUCAUCAGCCUGCAGAAAAGUUUUACAACUUAGAACGGGAAAAACACCAUGGCAGGAGAUGAUCGAUCAUUUUGCUUAUAUGAGGAAUUAAAAUGUAAGAAAUAUAAAUAAAGCCAGGAAUGACAUGUAGCAUCUAGGCUAGAGUGAACAUUUUUAAUCUUUGAUGAUCUGAAAAGGGAAAAGAAUCUCCACUGGCAAAUGUCAUCAGUGAUAUGGACAGAGAAUAGAAUAUCUGGAUUGUUUCUAGACCAACAGUGUCCAGGAGAACAUGUGAGCCACGUGCAUAAUUUAAAAUUUUCUAGGAGCCUCAAUAGAAAAGAUAAAACCAAGUGAAAUUUUAAUAGUUUGUUGAACCCAACAUUUUAACAUGUAAUACACAUUAGAAAUAUCAGUGAGAUUUUAUAGUACUUUCACGCCAAGUGUUGGGAAUCCUGUGUGUAUAUUUUACCCUUCCAGCUGUCUUUUCUCAGCUAACUAUGGCUCAGGAGCUCAGGAGCCGCAGUGGCUGCCAUGUUGGGUACCGGACUGUCCCACUGAUCACCGUCACACCCAUACUGAUCGCCUUAUGUUUAUGUUUGUCCUUAUCUGAUUCGAGAAGUUCUAGGUUCUUUUGCACAUUUAUUUUUCCAGAUGACCUUUAGCAUGAUUUUUUUUUUUUGAAAGGCAAUCAUGGUGAAUGUUUUACCGACAUUUGGAAAAAGUAAUGCAUGUUGGUUUGUUAUAAAGCUUUAUGUAAUAUAUUAAAUUGAGCUUGUAAAUUA